GGCAUCUUCCAGGAAGAAAGUCCUGAGUGAAGGCGACCAGCGGUGAAUGAGCGGCUUCUUCUUCUCUCACCUUUUAUAAAAAACAGCAUUUCCAGGAGUUCACACUCUCUCAUAAACUGCUUUGUGGACGGUCAACAUGCUGAUUAAAGAAUUCCGAAUUGUUCUGCCCAUUUCAGUGAAAGAGUACCAAGUGGGUCAGCUGUAUGCAGUAGCAGAGGCCAGUAAGAACGAGACGGGUGGAGGAGAAGGUGUGGAGGUGCUGGUCAACGAGCCCUACGAGGAGAAUGGAGAGAAGGGACAGUACACCCACAAGAUCUACUACCUGCAGAGCAAAGUCCCAGGAGUGAUCGCUAAGCUUGCUCCAAAAAAUUCUCUAGAGAUCCACGAGAAGGCCUGGAAUGCAUAUCCUUACUGUAAAACAGUGCUUACAAGCGAGUACAUGAAAGAUUUCAUGAUUAAGAUUGAGACGUGGCACAAGGAUGACUAUGGUGACCAGGAAAAUGUACAUGGACUGCCAGAAAACCAGUGGGAGAAAGUGGAAGUAGUUAACAUUGAUAUUGCUGACAGAUCUGCCAUCAGUGCAAAGGACUACAAACCAGAACAUGAUCCAGCCAUCUUUCAUUCAAAGGAGACCGGUCGGGGGCCUCUGAAACCUGAUUGGAAGGAAGAACUGGCUGCUAACCCCGACCGUCCUCACAUGUGUGCCUAUAAACUAGUGACUGUUGAAUUCAAAAUGAUUGGACUAUCGGGCAUUGUGGAAAGCACUAUCCAAAAGACGGAGAAGCGUGUGUUCACCCACUUCCACAGACAACUGUUCUGCUGGAUCGACAAGUGGAUUAAUCUGACGAUGGAGGACAUCCGACGCAUGGAGGAGGAGACGAAGGCGGAGCUGGAUAAGAUGAGGGUCAAUGAGGAACGUAAAGGCAUGGGAGCUGAAGGCUAACCCAAUCACUCUGACACAAGAGGAUUUGACUUCAACCAGCGAGCUCAGACUCCUCUCCUUGGACACUGGACCUAAAAGAGCUUGAUAGGCACAAUCAAGAAUCCCACACUACAUCCCAUUAAAUCUACUCUUAAUAAGAGUUCCUUAUUGUAAAGCAAUUGUGUGUAUUUAUCUACUACAUUCAGACACAACUGGUUGGGGAGUGUGUUUUGAGGAUGAAGCAUUCUUGAAUAUGCCUAUUCAGUCCUCUUACAUUUUAAACAUUAGGGAACAAGGUGUGGGUCAUCUCUGAGGAAACAUUUCUGAUUAUAUUUUCUUGAAUUUGCAGUUAUUUGGGUUCUUGUUCUUUCUUAAAUUUUGUAUUUUCCAGUUCUCAGUGACUUAUUGUUGGUUUUUAUUUAUUGUUAAGACUUGCUUUAUGUCCACAAAAUGUAUUUUUCUUUUUUUAAUUGACUAAAAUAGAAUAGGCGUCAGUGCUUUUGAACAAAAAAAAAGUUUUUUUUUACCUCACAAUGUGCACUUACUACUGGAACUUCCUCCACCCCCCAGUGUUUAAAGCUUCCCCAAAUAAUUUGACCCAUAAUAACCUGAUGGUUGGAGGCAUUGCAAUAAAAAUACAGCUUAUGAUUUAUGAAAAUUAAUAUUUAGGCUACUUUAGAAAAGGCUCCAUCAAAGACAUUUAAUAUACUCACAUAUUAUAUAAUAUACUGUACCUGCUGCUUGUUCGGUGGUCAGUUUAGUUUCCUACAAAGAUGCCAGCUGCUGGUUUGUAGCUGUUGGUUGAGGUUUUGUGUGUUGGUGAUGAUAUUGUGUAAGAACCUUAACUCUGAUUUGACAUAAACAGUUUUGUCUGGAGUUCAAAUUAUUUGUCCUACAUCAUUGUAAGUCUUGUCCUGUAUUGAAUGAAAUAGCCUGGAUUUUAAUGUUAUGAGCUAUAUGAUUCUAUAGUAUAUUAAAAACAAUGUAUUUGUUCCUCA